AUGGUGCAAAGUCUACGGUACCAUAAAUCCUCAAAUGCUAAGCCGGUUCACUUGAGAGCUUUCUGGACUGUUUACCACUUGGAGAAAAUCACCUCGUUCUCUGAUAACAACAGCUCGAUGUUUUGUGACGAAGACAUUGGAUGUGGAGUUCCUUCCGUCCCAGAGUCCGUAUUUGGAGAGUAUAACUGGUUUUUGUUGGCUAUUCAAUUGGGAAGACUGACUUUAAUUGCCUAUACUACCCUAUUUACGAUAGGGUCUUCUUUAAAAUCUAUGAUAGAACGCUUGAUUUAUGUCGAAGAUUUACGAUGUAGACUAGAAGAAUGGCGCUUAUAA